AUGGAUAAACCCCCUUCACUUGACAAGCUGAAAGUUCUCGCAUUACGAGACGACCUCAAUGCCAAGCUCCAUUCGACAUGGAAACAACCUGACCUCAGCUUGAAACUGUUAGCCCCUCCUAACGGUAAUGUCGGGGAUUCGUUACGAGCUGGAGGAUUUGGUGCAGUAUAUAGAGUGCAGAACAGUUUAAUUAAAAAGAGUGUGAAAGAGGAAAACGGCGGCAUAAAAGAAGUGGCGGCAGAAUUUGCAGCUAAGGUAAUAUGGAAAGACUGGGACAUUGUCGGGAAGCCCAGAGGCGACAUUGAUAGGCAUAAAGAGAAGAGGAAAGUAAUGAUAGAAGCCAAUAAUCUUAUGGAGUUGAGCCGCAAGCACAGACAUAUUUUGACCUGUUAUGGGGUGUUUGAGAACGAAGGUCAUUGGGUGCUUGUAACUGAGUACGCUAUGCUAGGAGAUCUCUUCGAUUACUUUAUAGCAAAUCAUAGAAAAUUUAAUGAAGGACGCAUUGCACACUAUACUAGGCAGAUGGCUAAAGCACUCGUAUUCCUACACAAGGAAGGGUUUAUACAUCGAGAUAUCAAGGACUCUCCUGAUCUAUCUUCGCAAAGAGAGGUACUAGUCCUUGCUGACCUAGCAUUUUUAGUCAAGAAGGAUGAGGAUGGAAUGGCACAAGAUGAUUUUGGUACAGACGACUAUCAAGCCCCGGAAAUGUUUACUGGGACCCGGUACACUGACAAGAUGGAUGUGUGGGCAUUGGGAGUUGCAGCAUAUGCUCUUUUAUUUAAGCAUAUCCUUUAUAAUGCUGUUGCAGAAAUGUUCAAGGUUAAAAGGAAAGACGUGGGUACUGCAUGGGUUGCACGCAAGAUAAGUGACAGUCAUAGAAACUCAAAGAAAGGCUUAAUUGAUCGAGUGUUAGAUACCAAGAUAGAACGAAGUAUCCAAGAUUACGGGUGGGAAAAGGAGAAAGCUGAAAUGAUAAGAAGUUUCGUGCGUGGAUGCUUAGAGCCUGACGAAAGCAAGAGACUCUCAGCCAAAGAGGCACUUGAGCACCCAUGGUUGAACGGUACUGACAUAGAAAGAGGCGUUGAUUGGGAUUUCAAAACAAGAGACGAAUGGAGGAAAAUUGCAAAGAAGGGUAGAGUUGCUAAGAUACGCGAAGAUAUUCAAAAGAAAUUCGGCACUAUUAUAUCUGGGGAGCAGGUUCCAAAAUCGGCUUCGGAUACAGCUAAACGGCAAGAGUCAGGGAGAAUAAAAAAGCAAGGUCAAUCUCAGAUGUCCAUUCAUGGCACAGCGAAAAAUGAUUUGAGCGAGGCAAAGGGAAACGGGACUACAAGAGGAACGCAUGCAGAUACACAGGCAGAAAGAGACAAGACCAAUAAAGUUGCAUCCGUGAUUGCCGAUUGGUUUCCGUUGAUAUCACAUGGAAUCUUGUUAGAGGAAGAUUUGACCGCGUUGUUGCUCUGA